CACACACACACACACACACUCAGCGCGCGCACACACUCACACACACACACACACACACUCAGCGCGCGCACAGAAAGGAAGAAGGCAACUCCGCCGUUGUAACGCCAUUAGCGCCCGUCGCCGAAGACGGAAAAGUUUCCGCGAGUUUCUCUCUCUCUCUCUCUCUCUCUCUCUUCUGGUGUCUGGAGGAAGAGACUCGGCUCCGUUUCCUCUCUCUCUCUCUCUCUCUCUCUCUCUCUCUCUCUCCAUGUGAACCGACUCGGAACCGAAGCGCUCCUGUCUCUCGGUCUCGCGCGCGCGGACUAAAACCCCACGGAUAAAAGCGGAGGACGCUUCUUGUGCGAGCGCGCGCGCGUCUGUGUGCGUGCGUGCUUAUUUAUAUUAAAUAGACAUAUAUAUUAUUUUAUAAAUAAAUAAAUAAAUAAAUAUAUAUGUUAUGAACACACAAACCAUGUUGCCCGGCGGCGGGACGUACGCGAGCAAGAAACGGAAGAAGCCGGUUCAGAAAAUACCGAAGCCUCCUCCACCCGAAGGCGCCAAGUCGAACCCUUCGAAGCGGCACAGGGAUCGGCUAAACAUGGAGCUGGACAAGCUGACCAGCCUGCUGCCCUUCUCCGAGGACGUUCGCUCCCGGCUGGACAAACUGUCCGUCCUCAGGCUCAGCGUCGGAUACCUGAAGGUCAAGAGCUUCUUCAAUGCCACGAUGAAGAAGACAGUGGGCGGAGCUAACGGCUGGCCAGCGGGGACUGUGGGAGGAAACGGACAGAAGGUCAGCAGCCUGGACGGAGUGAACUUCUCCGAGGGCGAGUUACUGCUGCAGGCUCUGAACGGCUUUGUGCUGGUUAUAACGGCUGAAGGUUAUGUGUUCUACGCCUCACCUACCAUACAGGACUACCUGGGAUUUCAUCAGUCGGAUGUGGUGCACCAGAGUGUGUUCGAGCUGAUCCACACUGAUGACCGUGCCAUGUUCAGGAGACAGCUGCACUUUGCCCUGAAACCCACACAGGGUGAGCUCCCUGAUGAUGCUGAUGGCCUCCAGAAGAGCGACAUCACCACCACCAUCAUAAAUUACAACCCUCAGCAGCUGCCACCAGAGAACUCGUCCUUCCUGGAGAGGAGCUUCUGCUGCCGCUUUCGCUGCCUCCUCGACAACUCCUCCGGCUUCCUGGCCCUGAACUUCCAUGGUCGACUGAAGUAUCUUCAUGGCCAAAACAAGAUGGCAGAGGAUGGCACUAUGGCGCAUCCUCAGCUGGCUCUGUUUGUCAUAGCUACGCCCCUCCAGCCGCCCUCCAUCUUGGAAAUUCGGAGCAAGACACUUAUCUUCCAGACCAAACACAAGCUGGACUUUACUCCUAUGGGCAUCGACACCAGGGGGAAGGUGGUGCUGGGUUACAAUGAGAUCGAGCUGUGCAUGAGAGGUUCUGGUUACCAGUUCAUCCACGCUGCAGAUAUGAUGUACUGUGCCGACAACCACCUGAGAAUGAUUAAAACUGGCGAGAGUGGUUUCACAGUGUUCCGGCUCCUGACGAAGUCGGGAACUUGGGUCUGGGUGCAGGCCAACGCCAGGCUCGUCUAUAAGGGCGGACGACCAGACUUUAUCGUGGCACGACAGAGAGCUUUAACUAAUGAAGAAGGCGAAGAGCAUCUUCGUCAGAGGAAGCUGCAGCUGCCCUUCAGCUUUGCCACUGGAGAAGCCGUCCUAUAUGAGACAACCCCUUCUCCAGACAUGACUGACAUCUCUACCCAAAUCAAAGGGGGUAAGAUCAGUAAACCCGCCACGCUGCCUCCAAGCUCACUGUUGAGCUCCAUGCUGAAACAAGAUGAAUCCGUCUACCAGGCCAGCAGCGAUCCCAACUCUCAGUUCUGCCUGGAAAAGGCAUUCCGGGACAGCCACGCUCUUCUCAAUGUCCCUGGAAAGUCCUGGGCAGGAGUAGACAGGAGCACUGUGGGCAUCAAGGAGGAAUCGACAGUGCAGGACAUGAUGGACAGCUUGCAGCAGAUCAUCGGGGACAGCAGCAUGUGCAGUACCCUGGAAGAGCUAACCAUCGACCACGAGGAGCUGAAGGAAUGGGAGAAUGCACUGCUGCGAAUGAACAGCCUGAGCAGCACUGAGAUGACCGUGGAGCUUAACGACAUCCUGACCAAUGACAUCUUCUCAUACGUGGAGGAUGUGCUGUUCAAAGAAUGCAGCACCAACAUGAACGACCAACUUCCUGAGUGUCUGUCUGAGCUGCAGCUGCAGGGAGACCUUAACGACCUCUUGGGCAUUGCAGAGGGCCUUGAAACAGGUAGCCCAGGAAGAGGUAUGAUGAAACUUGCUCACAUGGGGCCAGAGAUGUCUCUGGGGCAGCAGGCAAAUCCUGUGGAACCAUUUGUGGAAUUGUGUGAAAGUAUGAUUUUUGAUUCGUCACUUUCUGGGCAACAGAACCAGGCCAGGCUGGUGCAGCAGACAGCAACAAACCAACAGAACCAAGCAGAGCUCGGACUGCAAGUUCAGAAUCAUAUCCAGAGCGGAAACAUGGGCUAUCCAGAAAAUGUGACAUUGCCCAACCUUCAGAACCAAGCUCAACAUGUGGGCUUUCACAACCAUAAUUCCAUCCCAUUCAAUCAGGCAGUCCGGCAGAGCGGUCAGUGGGUAGGGCCCCAGGCACCCAGCAGUGAGAAUAUUUCACUUCCACAAAAUGUCCUGUUAAACCCUGCACCAAGUGCCUGCCUCAAGGGACAGUUUCCUCUCAACAAUCAGAGCAUAGACAAUCAGAGACUUGCGACAUGGCAGCAAACCCAGCCUUCUGUUCAACAGGGCCAUCCCACAUUACCCAAAGUUCCCAAUAUUCCCAAAGUUCCCAACGUCCAGAAUAUCCCAAAUGGUCAUCAUCAUGUCCAGCCAGUUCCACUCAGUAGGUUAAUGAUGCAGUCUAACUUUGGCUCAGGGUCCCAUCCUCAGCCUAAUGUAAUCGGUAGUACAGUUUAUGGCCAGCAGGGGGGGCUUGUGCACCCAUCUAAUCCUGUAUUUGGACAACAGGGGGAACGCAUACAGACGACUAAUGCAGUAUAUGGACAGCAGAGGGAGGUCUUGCACCCAUCUAAUGAGGUGUUUGGGCAGCAGGGGGAGCUGAUGGAGACAUCUAAUGCAAUUUAUAACCAGCAGGGGGAGCUGUUGAACAGCCUGAGUCAUGCACCCAUCAGUAGCUGCAUGUUCGAGAGAGCAGGGCAAGCCCCCAUGAAUGGCUUACGCUAUGGUGCAGCUGGACAGAAGACAAAAGAGUUCAUGGCCCAGAAUUCGGUACAGGGCUCAUACGUCUUUCAAAACAGACCUGCGGAGAGCAUGUUGAACAAUGUGGGUGUGACACCGGACAGCGCCAUCCCUUGCCAUUUGCAGCAGCGGUUCCUCACCUGCAAUAACCAGACACAGAUCACAAACCAUCCAGUCAAGGAGAAUGGACCAUUCCAGUUCGCCCCUAUGCCUGGAGGGGGGACCCCAUGUUUCACCAACAACACCCAGAGUGACAGUUUUUAGAAAGGAAAAUUCCUGUCCAGCGCAGCUAUCUUUUGUGAAUGGAGAAAGGAAGGAGGGAUGUCCCUGUGAAGAUAUCGUACAUGCUUCUUCAUAUUCAGACUCUCCCUUUUGUUUUAUCGCAGCUGAAAUACUUAAACGAGAUUGAAGGCGGAGGGCUGGACUCGUUGUGGCAGUAACGUCAGACAGACUACGUGUGAAACCCUGCACGUCGGCUCACACACACUCGUUUAUUCAAUCAUUUGUUUGUUUAUUUGUGUGUUUGUUCGUUUGCUCGCUCCCUGCCCAAAGAAGUUCAGAAGGACAGAAAAGUGAAAUUUUUUUAUUUUUCCUUUUUGUGCAUUUCUUCAUGUUUUUUUAUUUUUGUAAGAGUGUGGGCAGGGUGUGUGUGAUUGUGAUUUGUGUUUAUGUGUGUGUGUGUGUGUCUGGGGCAGAGAGGAGCUGCUCAGAGCUCAGUUAUGAAGUAUGCAGUAGAAAAGAUGGAAGCUUUUCUUCGCGGGGAUGAAAUUCUGGGGGAAAGCCAUUUUAAAGACGCACACUCAUUUUUCUAUUUAUUUAGAAAGAGUAGAGUCAUGGAAAAAGGGAAAAGCCUCUUACUGCUCGUGUGUUUCCUUUCGGAAUUCUCUUGAUGCACUUAAGAAGGUGAGAUCAACACCUGUAAAAAUGACCGAUUGUAAAAUAAAAAAAAAAAAAAGGACUGAAAAAAAGACAGAUUGUGUCCUGCAUCCAAAGACGUAGCACUAUGAUAGAAUUCAGAUAGAAUUAGCCUGCAGCUGUGUUACGUUAGGCGUCGUCUAAUUUAUAACUCCCACAAUGCUCCGGAUCUGUGGGGGGCCAAAACUACUGCCUGACUGACCGCUAAAGCUGAAGCAUAAAUGUCUUUCCAGCUUUCCUUUCUGUUUUUUUUUUUUUUUUAGUGGGGGAAUGCCCCACCCCAAAACCAUCAUCCAGUUACCAAUGACACUAUGAUCUCUGUUUUAAUACGGGGUGAAACACCUCGUCAGACAGAACGCACAGAUUCUAACUGGAUGUUUGGUGGACAUUUUAUCUGGAACACCAAAGAAACAUAAACACGUAACCAGGAUUUUCAUUGCUUGCCGAAAUCUUCAUCACAGUAACGUAUUAUUACAAUAUGGUAAUCACGAUAAAGGACUCCUUAUAUGUAUACACAUUCAGCUUUUUUUGUUAGUUUUUGUUUUAAAUAUGCUUUUUUUUAUAUUUUGUUAUGUGCAUUUAAUCAAAUGUCAUUGAGCCAUUUUCGUGUCUGCUUGUACUGAUAAUCAUAAUUAAUGCUCUUUACAAAGUGCUAGCUCGCUGACUUCUGGUUAAUCGCAGGAGUUAGCGUUAGCAGUUAGCGUAUUUUCUUCGAGAGCUUGUGUGGCGUGAUACGAGUGAAAACACUUUGAUGAAGAGUGUUAAACUUUCAAACGCACAGAAGUCAGGCCGCAAGCCAGCUGUCGACGUUUCUUUUCUUUUUCUUUGCUUUAUUUUGACGUCAGAUUUUAUCAAAGCAGAUUGCAUAGUUACUAAUUCUCAUCCCGUGUUGGCGAACUGUCCUACGUGCCUUAUUCUUCUCUGACACUUUAGACUUUUCAUAUGACUAUAUAAUAUUAAUAUAGCAUUAUGGACAUGUACAUAUUAUCAAAUCUACCAGCUAGACAUGCUUUCAUACCUCAAUAUCAAGGAAAUAUGACUGAUUGCAGAUAUGGAGCGCUUUACUUCUCUUUCCCCUAGUCGCUAGUCCUGAACAUUUAUAUUCCACAGUGGGUGCAUAAGAUGCUAAUUGCUUCUAGUUUUAUCUCCAUGCCAGUUUGAAGGUCUUGCCCUGCAGUUCUGCUCUGCCUUUUGUGGAUUUUAAAGUGCCCAAGAAACGACGUAAAAAAAUGUUGUUAAUUUUCAGAAGAAAACUAUUUCGACUCACCUUACACUAUGGGGUGUGUGCAAAAUUUAGUAAAUAAAUCCUUCAAAUAAAUCCAGUUAAGUCUAAUUAAAUACUCUCUAGAAUUCCUCUGUUCUUCCAUCAUAAGCAUGAAUUCGUCCGACUGAUCUCAGCUCAAACAUGGCGUCAAUGCAGAAUCAAAUAGCACCAUCAUUUUUAUGGACAGAGUCUUAGUUGGCAUAAGCAAAGGGGCAGUGCCAAAACCACAGUCAUGUCUUAUAUGGUCAUUAAAUUUUUUUUACUUGCUUGUAUAUUGGCUGUGCCAAUAUAUAAAACAAAUAUCAAUCAAGACCCAUUUCCUCAAGCCACGCCCACUGGAUGCUCCCACACACCCUCCACCCAAAUCCUUAUAGUUCAAAAAAAGAAAAAACCUAAAAUAUGAUUGGUGCAUCUUUCAGAAGUGAGAGUUCCUAUGAUUCCAUCUAUGAUUCCGUCCUUCUCUGACCAAAGUCUUGUUUGUCCUCCAUAUUUAGUCAGCUUGGUGGCUAAGUCCCCGGCAAGUUUGUUUAGAUAUGUCGGCUGAUGGAAACAAGGAAAUUGUUUGAUACACAGAAUCAAAUCAUAAUCUUUAAGAUGUUUCAUGGGCACUUGAAGUCUGAUCUAUUUUUAACCAUAUUCUCAAAUAUUGCCUGGCGUAGUGAGAUGUGUCUAGAUAGUUCGACAAGUUCACAUCCAAGUUAGAAUUCAAGCCUGCUUGAGUGGCUGCAAAAAUCUCCAUUUGAGAUCUGACCAAUUCGGGAACUGACUGCAGUGUUGAGCUGAUCUUGGAUUAGAUUUUGUUGGAGUGGCUGCAAAGGUGACCUUUAAGGUUUCAAAACUGUAAUCAGGAAGUAGAGCUGAAGUCUUCUUUGAAACAUUCUUGCGGAGAUGGUGUGGUGAUCAAACACCCCUGCAGAGUGAUCAGAUCUCUGUGCAAAAAGGUUAGAUUAGAGGUUAGAUUCUCCUGCAGAAAAUGGCAUCAAGAUCAGAAGACCUUUUAGACUUGCUGUAGAGAUGGUCUACAAUCAGAUUUCUUUGUGAAGAUCAUAUUGAGAUCACAUCUGGAGAUUAGAUCAGUAUGUAGACUGUAUAGAUAGUGGUGAGAUCAGACUGCAGAGAUGGUUUUGAGAAAUGUAUAAAAAAAAAUCAGGUAUUCCUGCAGAGACUCUUUCAAGAUCAGAUCUCCCUGCAAAGUGGGUAUCGAGAUCAUAUCUCUGCAGAGUUGAUCAGAUACACCUACCAAGUCGAUAUUGAGAUCAGAUAGCCCUGCAGAAAUGGUAGAAAGAUCAGAUCUCCUUACAGAGUGAGUAUCAAGAGAUGGUGUUGAUCUGAUCACUCUGCAGAGUUGGUAUCAAGAUCGCAUAGACCUGCAGAAUGGGUAUCGAGAUCAGAUAGAUUUGCAGAGUGGGUAUUGAGAUCAGAUAGACUUGCGGAGUUGUUACUGAGAUCAGAUAGACUUGUGGAGUUGUUACUGAGAUCAGAAAGGCCUGCAGAGUUGUUAUUGAGAUCAGAUAGACCUGCAGAAUUGUUUUUGAGAUCAGAUAGACCUGCGGAGUUGUUAUUGAGAUCAGAUGGACCCGUGGAGUUGUUAUUGAGAUCGGAUAGACCUGCAGAGAUGGUGUUGAGAUCAGAUAGACCUGCAGAGUUGUUAUUGAGAUCAGAUAGACCUGCAGAGAUGGUGUUGAGAUCAGAUAGACCUGCAGAGUUGUUAUUGAGAUCAGAUAGACCUGCAGAGUUGAUUUUGAGAUCAGAUAGACCUGCAGAGUUGUUACUGAGAUCAGAUAGACCUGCGGAGUUGAUUUUGAGAUCAGAUAGACCUGCGGAAUUGUUAUUGAGAUCAGAUAGACCUGCGGAAUUGUUAUUGAGAUCAGAUAGACCUGUGGAGUUGUUAUUGAGAUCAGAUAGACCUGCGGAGUUGUUAUUGAGAUCAGAUAGACCUGCGGAGUUGAUUUUGAGAUCAGAUAGACCUGCAGAGUGGGUACUGAAUUCGUAGCAAUGGAAAGAUAUGGUAUAUGGUAUAGAGUUUGAAUCUUGCUGUGGAUCAGAGACAGGAGCAGAUCACUUUGUAAACUGGCUGUAAAGUUGGAUUAAUGUGUAGCCACAUGGAGAGUGUCACCUGUUAGAAACAGCUGAAGUGUGCACUGUACAGUAGGGGACUAUCCUUUCAAGUGCACAUCCAUAUUCUCGAUUGGAUUCAGGACGCGGCCGAGUCACCAGCAUGGGACAGCGAGCAGGCUGGAGUUUCAUUUCCACUAGUGUUGUUCAGAGCCGUACAGUUCAAGGGUCAAAGUAAGAGCGUGCUUUUAACUCAGAUGCUUUCUUAUGCAGUUUGUCUAAGUGCCUAAAGAAAUUCUCGUUUGCUUUUUUGCUCUAAUGUUCUAUAUUUUCUAUUUCACUGACAUAGAUUAAGGCGACAAAGAGGAGGUGAAAGUUUUAUGCAAAAUACAGGGUUCCUGAAAAUCUAAACCAAACAUCAGAUGCCUUACUGAUAUUUCACAAAAAUGUUUUGAUAUUUGAAUUAAAAAAAUAUAUAUAUUUUGAUAAAGAAAUCAUUGGUUUAAGAAUCCAAAUGAGCGAUGUUUAGAAAUGACUGAUGGUAGGUGAAAUGAUCGACGGGUGAAGGGUGUGUUUUUGGGCUGGUCGUAAUAUUAUUAGCAAUGUUGUGUCGCUAUUUUAAAUUGUAAUAGCAAUACAACUAUUGUUUAUUUUUUGGAGAUUUGGUGUUGUUGUGGAAUGUGUCCUUACAGAAGGACAGUUGAGGAUCCAAUCCAAAUUACAGCAGUGAAAUAGCUAGCUAGGUUUCGCAUGUAAUGAUUAGCUUUUAUGAAAUCAUUACUUUUAUAGAUGGAUUGUAGCUAACUGCCAAGGUCGCUAACUAUUUAGCUGUUUAUAUUUAGCUAUUCCAAUGACAACAUCUAGGUGUAACUAGCUACAUGUACUUUAUGUUUAGCUAGCUCUUUAUACUAUACAUACUAGCUAUAUAUACUUUAAUACAUACUUUGUGUACCAGUUACCUUGCUAGCUAUUUCAGUCUUUAAUGUGUAUGAUCUCAGCCAAUGAGAUUGCAAACCUGACACACAUAGUCUGAUACACUUGCUUCAAAUCUGAUCCGAGACACUGUGAAAAUUAAAUCGUUUAAACGUGAACAGAACAGCCCAAAAUCAACCUCGCCUUAAGAUCAUCGCAGCAUCCACCAAAAAAAAAAAACGCAAAAUUUUUACUGUUAAACGAAUAAAAUAAUAAUUGAAUCACUUGCUACUUCUGAUGCUUUCCAAUGACGACAUUCAUCUGUCUCUUUCGAAAUGCAGUAUCAGUGUAUGAUUUAUGUUAUUAUUAUUAUUAUUAUUAUUAUUAUUGUAUGUUAUUUUGUCAUUUUUGUUGCUCUUCACAACUUUUUUGUGCUCACAAAUAUAGUAUAUACGAUUUUUGUAAAUUUCCCUGCACACCUUGUAAAAUUUGUAUACCUUCAUUUCUUUGCCAAUGAUAUUGUAGUAUUUUUUUUAUUAGCAAAUGUCUUACGUGUUUGCUGUGCCUAUCAAUAUUUACGUGUUUAUAUUAUUACAAGCGUUUAUUAUAACGACCACACUGGUUUGUUAAAGUGUUGUUAUUAUUAGCACUCUUUUUCUAACGAGAGUGCUGAUGUUCAGUAGUCAUGAUUAUACUGAGGCAGUGAAAUAAAAAAUGCAGACAAAAA